CGGAGGACAUCUCUGUGUCAACACACUUUAUAUAAUAUAUGUUUCCAAGCCCAGCAAGCCAGUCGACAAGUGUGGGGAGGUAAGACCAGCAACGCAAUCACUAGAACAGCUGCCGUAUGAGGAAAUAGAAGCUGUUUUUCGGCAGGGACUUUCGUAGCGGGAGGGUGUGUACAGAUGAAGAAAACACACUAGUUUUCUUUUCUGUAGGAGAGCCGUGCUGAUAGCCAUUUCAGUAAUAAGGUUUUAACGCUAAAAAAACAAUGUCAUCCGAAAUGGAACGGGUGUUUUUAUGUGUAGUAUUUGUUUUAACUUGUGUGACUGCACAAUGGACGCCGCAAGAUUUCCACACAGUGGAAACCCAUCUUAUUCAAACACAAGCCAAUAUCAAACAAUUAUAUGAUACCGUUCAGAAGGAAAAGAUAAAGAUGUAUGGUUCAAAUACUCUAAAUGGAUCCAUUCCUGCCAUAGGGAUGGGCAUAGCUUACGGAACGUUUUUUAAUGACAUGUUAGUUCGGUUAUCCGACAUUGAAAACGCCACUAGAGAGUUAACCAACUACAUGCAGAAAUGUCCAGAUUCGCCAAUGGCUCCUCCGAAACCUCAGAACGUUUUGACAGAAACAACAACCGUUGAUGGGGUUUCUACUAUUACAAUCAGCUGGGAUCCGCUACGGAUCAUUCCGGAUAAUCUCCAAUACAAAGUAUACUUCCAACCUCUCGAGUUAGACGGAACAAUUGCUCCUACGGAAGUUGUUUUUCGAAUUUGUGAUGCCUCGCAGACUUCCGCUUCUAUAACAGAUUUGGCGCCUAGAUCACGGUAUAGGAUCCGUGUUGCAGCCGUGGAUGGUAUGGUUGUAGAAUCAAACAGCAUUCCGGAAAUUAUCCACACCCCUGACGUCAUUCCAUCACCACCGGUUAACUUGAGGGGUACAGCAAAAGGUCCAAACUCUAUCAGGUUAGACUGGGAUCCGCCAAUUAUCAGAGGAGAAAUUGUGCAGUACAGAGUGUUCAUUCAUGACUCAUACACAUUAAACAACCAGACGGUAGACAUCCGCCCUGCUGUCAACUUCCUCAAGAUAAAGGACUUGACAGAAGGAACUACACACGUUUUCUCAAUCUCUGCUUUUUCCGACAAUGGGGAAUCGGAUCAAUCAGACCAAUUGAUGGUAUCGACCCCAGGCUUUGUGCCAGCGGAGGUGAUCAGACCAUUUGCAAAGGCUUAUAAUACUACCACGAUUCGGGUAACCUUUAAACCGCCCAAAAAGCAAGAGGGUAAAAUCCGAGGAUACCGAGUUCAUUACACAGAUUUUCUUGCUGAGCCAGAAGAGGGUGACGUCGAGACAAAUGAUCCAUUUGCCAGAGAAAUGUGGAUACACAAUCUUCAGCCAAACAAAGAUUAUUACUUUUCAAUAACGGCGUUCACACGACGUUCAGCAAGUUUCCCAACAAGCUACGUUGCCACUAAAUCCAAGGCCGCUGUGCCCAGCCAAGUUAGAAACGUCCGCUGUCGGGUACUACGAACAGAUCCGCCAAUGAUCCAGCUCCGAUGGGAACCUCCCCUUCACAUGUAUGCCCUCAAGAAACCAGAGUACCAUAUAAUGUGGGGAGUCAAAAACGGUGUUUUCAGAAACGAAUCCAUCACUAAUAUGUCUGUAUCGUGGAAUUCGGAUUACCUCGACGACAACUUACUUCACAGAUUCGUCAUUGCUGCUAAGAACGACAAGGGAAUUGGAAACGAGGUCGAAGUACAACUGAAAACUCCUAAACGAGAAUUUGAUACACCAAAGAACAUAAAGGUUGGUCGUAUGAAGGAAGUAAACACUACAUUGUUGGCAGUGUCCUGGGAUCCAAUGCCUGUCCCGGUGAUGGGAUUCCGUGUAUUACACAGGGUGUUCCAGUGGAUUUACCAGGGAAGAUGGACAAUCACCGAAGUUCCGAAUCCAAAUGCAAGAUCCACAACAAUCCCGAUUACUGAUCCUACCCUGUCCUACAUUGUAGUAGUAAGGGCAAAGCUAAUGAAUAGAAGAGACAGAAACAGGAACAAUAGAAGAAAGAAAAAGAAUAAGGAUGUCAUGAAAUGCAAAAUAUUUUUCCACAAAGAUAAAAAUGCCGGAGCAACAAGCGUCAUUAGUGCAGGGAAUGCAGGAAUAGAUAAUCAAGGCAGUACGGGUGGUGGACCAGGAAUGGGAGGAGGCCAAGGAACAGUUGGUGGCCAGGGAAUGGUUGGUGAAGGAUCGGGCAGUCAAGGAAUGGGUAGUCAAGGAAUGGGUGGUCAGGGAAUGGGGCAACAAGGUAUGGGUGGUCAAGGAAUGGGGAGUCAGGGAAUGGGGCAACAAGGAAUGGGUGGUCAAGGAAUGGGUGGUGAACCAAGUAUUCAUGGUACGGGAUUUACUGACCAGGGACCGGGCAGUCAAGGAAUUGGUGGUCAGGGAAUGGUUGGUGAACCAGGUAUUCAUGGUCCGGGCUUUAAUGGCCAAGGACCGGGCAGUCAAGGAAUGGGUGGUCAAGGAAUGGGUGGUCAGGGAAUGGGUCAACAAGGAAUGGGUGGUCAAGGAAUGGGGAGUCAGGGAAUGGGACAACCAGGAAUGGGUGGUCAAGGAAUGGGUGGUCAGGAUAUGGGGCAACAAGGAAUGGGGGGUCAAGGAAUGGGGGGUCAGGGAAUGGGGCAACAAGGAAUGGGGAGUCAGGGAAUGGGGCAACAAGGAAUGGGGGGUCCAGAAAUGGGUGGUCAGGGAAUGGGGCAACAAGGAAUGGGGGGUCAGGGAAUGGGUGGUCAGGGAAUGGGUGGUCAGGGAAUGGGGGGUCAGGGAAUGGGGGGUCAGGGAAUGGGGCAACAAGGAAUGGAGGGUCAGGGAAUGGGUGGUCAGGGAAUGGGACAACAAAGAAUGGGUGGUCAAGGAAAUGGUGGUCAAGGAAUGGGGGGUCAAGGUCAAGAAUUUGGUAGUCAGGGAAUGGGGGGUCAAGGUCAAGGAAUGGGUGGUAACAACCAAGGAUUCAGUGGUAUUAAUCGGGAUAUGCAACCCCCAACGAGAGUACCGAAUGUAGGAGGUAGCCAGGGCCUGAGUGGCAUGGGAGGUAGCCAGGGACCUGGAGGAAACCAAGGAAUGAGUGGCAUGGGAGGUAGCCAGGGGAUUGGUGGUUUCCCAGGAAUGAGUGGCAUGGGAGCUAGCCAGGGAAUGAGUGGCAUGGGAGGUAGCCAGGGAAUGAGUGGUAACCAGGGAAUGGGAGGUAACCCGAUAGGACAAGUCAUGGGUGGUCAAGGGAGGGAAGGCCAGGGAGGAUUUGGUGGCGUAAAUCGUGAUACACCAAGUCAGAGAGGUAACCAAGGAAUGGGUAGUAUGGGAGGUUCUCGUGGAAUAAAUGGAGGAAUGAGUAUGGGAAUGAGUCCGGAUAUGGGUGGUGGCCAGGGUUUCGGACCUAACUCUGGAAUGGGUGGUCAAGGAAUUGAUGUUGGCCCGGGUAUGGGAGGAGGUUCGGGAAUGAGCGGCAUGGGUACCUUCCAUGGAGUAAAUAGCAGGAUAGGAACAAACCAAGGCAUGGGUGGCGGAAAUCCUAACAUCCCAGUACCACCAACUCCGUUACCGCCGACUUCUGGUGGAAUGGGUGGAGGAAACCAACGAUUCGGACAAAUGCCAACUAAUGGUCCAAUGGGCGGAAUGCCACAAAACAACCCAAUGGCCAGUAAUCAAGGCGGAAUGCGCAAUCCAAGACGGCAACAAAAUCACAGAAGAGCAAACCCAAGACGUUUUACGGGGAACUCCAACUUACCAUGAUGAAAAAAACAAUGGAAAACCUGUCUCUAAAGGCGAAAUAGGACUUAAACAUAGGACAUUAACAAACAUAUCGGUACUUCAACGUAUCUACUUCCCCAUGCAUGUGUUGUGAUGUGAUCCGCUCCAGAAAAACCGUCUUUCCAUCUACGGUCAUAAAACCAGGAAAUCAAAAGGAGAAUAACAAAAUCUUUCUAGCAAAAUGCAUGACGAAAAACGUGUUUCAUAAUAUCAAAACACAUACGAACAUUUAUUGAUCUGCUAUCGAAUUAAUGUGAUGAGAAAUUAGUGCUAUACAAAAGCGGUUUGUGUUACCUCUAACUCUUGGUACAGACAUGUAUACCUAAUUUGAAAUAUAAUGAUACCUCAUUUACAAAACAAAAUAGGCUUUCGAUAAAAAUAAUGAAAAUAUAAUCUAAUAUUAUAUAUGCUGCUGUGUAUGUUUCUGUUAAAAUUAUCGCAACAGUUUAUCCUAUAGCGUACCUCUCAUCGUAUAACGCGGAAUUAAAUUGCAGAAUAAACAGGUGACCGCUGAAAUACUAGGUAUAUUGUAUAUCGAAUUACAAAUAAAAUAGUAUUACAAAGAAUUAUUUAUUAUAUGACUACAUAUACAUGGGAUACAUAUCUGACAUAUUGUUUUAUGUAUCACCUCAGGUAAUAAUAUUUAUUGCGACGACAGAAUGAACAGAGCAGACAUGACGUCAUGAUGUCGUAAAGACGAAUUGAUGGCAAAUUGACAUGACUUCAAGAUGGCGACAUCGCCGAUCUGACGAUAAAACAAUUGCCUUAUUUUGCGAUCUAAAGGAUUUUGUUUUUCAAUUUCAUAUGGACUUUAUGUACCUUGCCUUGACUGCAUUUUGGUUCGAUAGCACCCCGCUGAUAUAUAUAUCUCAAGACUCGGCCCAUACAUCGUAUUUGAAUAAGAUUAUCAUGUAAUGGCUCUAUUCUGAAUACAUACUUAUUGUAUUAUAUAGCUAAGCAAUACUUUUGAUGGGAUUUUUUUACGAUCAGAAAAUAAGAUAUGCGAUGUGUAUGCGUACAUGUUGUACACCGUUACGAGAUGUUUAUAGAUAUUGUAUAAUAAGCGAUACUAAUGUAUGACAUAACUGUACUGAAAGGAUACUUUUACUUGGCAUAUGACGUUCGAACCGAUAGGUGAUAUCUUACUGUAUAAUAGUUCAUUUUCGCGAGUAAAGAAAUUCAGAAUUGAAUUAUGCUUAAUUUUCUCUAUGUUUUAAUCUUUUAGGUUAACGAGUAGUUUAGUAGCUUCUCAGUAAAAUAAAUUAACAAAACAAAACAAAGUUGA